UCCAUAUUACUUCCGGUUAUCAUCAUUAUUGGAGUCCUGAUGGUGAUAGGCCUAUUCGGAAACCCUCUAGUUAUUUAUUUCUAUGGAUGUCGAAUGAAAACUACAGCGUCCUAUAUGUUCAUUGUCACUUUGGCUAUCUUCGAUCUAGUAUCAUGCAUUAUAUCUAUGCCUAUGGAGAUUUCAGACUUAAUCAACUUUUACACAUUUGAUAGUGCCGCAACCUGCCGCGCACUCCGUUUUGUGAAUUAUUUUUCCUGCAUUGGUUCCGGUACGACCCUUAUUGCCAUAGCUGUUGACAGAUUUCGGAAAAUAUGUAAACCUUUCGAUUCGCAAAUAACAGAAAGAAUGGCAAGAUGGAUUAUUUUCGGUGUAAUCGUUUUUGCACUGUUUUGUUCUUGGCCCGCCAUUUUUCUCAAUACGGUUAUAGAGAAAAAUUUAACAGAGGACACAUCAGUGGUUGCCCGGGAUUGCACUUUAAACCCCGACGAGGAGUACAAAUUAUUUGUGACAAUAUAUAACUCGUUUCUCUUUCUAUGUUUCAUCAUUGUUUUUGUUGUGCUCACGGCUUUGUAUACACUUGUUGGGAGGCAACUGUACAAGUUGCGCAGCUUCCGGUUUUAUGCGACAGGGAUCGAGAGAAACUUAACUUCUGCGCGUCCUACGAGUUCGAUGACGGUUGCGAGUGAUUUGACCCAUUCAGAGGGUAGAAGCAAAAUGGAUGAUUUGGCUGGCUUUGGAAAUGACCUUCGCGACGGUGCGCUGUCGCCUAUUGGCGAAGACGAAUUCUCAAAUAGUCGACCCACAUCUGCCAACUCGAUUGCAGUCAGUGCCCGAUCGAUAAAAAUGGGGCCACACAAAAUUAUACCACAGUCGAUGGAUCCUGACCACGAGAAGGAUAUAGUGAAUGGAAUGUCUAGUUCUGUGCGGCAAACUAAAAGUUUCACGGAAAAAUCAGGAACGGAAAAGAUUCCGGAGAACAAUCGCAGAGUUAGUUCUGCAACCAUGGCAAACAGCAAGGAAAGGGCACUAGGACACAGCAAAUUUGGAAGCCCCUUGCGGGAAGGGUCAGCUACAUCCAGACUGUCGUUCGCGUCCACUACUAGCUCCAUGACGGAGAUAGAAACCCGUGACGCAAGCGCAAAAGGAAACAUUGAUCACCAGAAAGAAAAAAUGCGGUCACAAAAUAUCAACACAAAGCGAUACACGAUAAUUGCAUUGUCUAUUAGCAUUGCGUUCGUUUUGAGCUUUUUGCCUUACUUGUGUCUUGUGAUUUGGUCGACAUUAUUUAUAACUUACGAUCCGAACGAUUUUACACCAGCACAACUUGUUGCCAGUGAACUUUUUCACAGAUCAUUUUUAUUCAACUGUGCUUUAAACCCAAUCAUUUACGGCUUUCUGAACACUGAGUUUAAGAAAAUGGUCUUUGGACAAUGUGCAAAAGUAUUUUGCUGUUGUUGUAAGUCUAAACAAAAGGAAGGAGACAUAACCCAUGCAGAGCUCAGUGGAAUGUCACGGUCGACGUAA